AUGAAGAUUGAAGGUAGAACUUUUAUUGUAUCCGGCGGAGCUUCAGGCUUAGGCCGAGCAUGUGUCGUUGAUAUCUGCCAAGCUGGAGGGUAUGCAGCUGUCCUAGAUAUGAAUGAGGAGUUAGCUGAAGAAUUGGUUAAAGAGAUAGGAGGUGGAAAGAUCAAAUUCUGGCAAACAGAUGUACUGGAGACAGAUAGUAUUACCAAUGCUGUUAAGGGUGCUUUGGAAUGGGUGAAGGAAACUGGAAAGGAGGUUGGUGGAGUUAUUGCUGCUGCCGGUGUAUCUACUCCUGCUAAGAUUCUCGACCGCAACCUCGAGCCCUUCUCCCUAUCCGACUUCGACUUCGUAAUGAAUGUUAACGUCCGCGGUACCAUCGACUUAAUUCGUCAAUGUCUUCCCCACAUGGCUCGUUCCACUCCUGUAAACGAUGAUGGUGAGCGUGGUGUGGUUAUCAUGGUUGCUUCAUCUGCUGCCUUUGAUGGACAACCUGGUCAAGUCGCAUACUCUGCGUCCAAAGGCGCAAUAGCAUCCCUAACUCUUCCCCUAACCCGUGAUGUUGCAAGACAUGGUAUUAGGGUCGUGACCAUAGCACCUAGUCUUUUCGAUUCGAGGAUGACAUCUAUGAUGAGUGAUAAAGUGCGGGCUAGUUUAACGAGGGUCAUGGAAUUUCCGCUACGACCCGGCAAACCCCACGAAUUCGCACAGCUAGUAAGACAAAGUAUUGAGAACGUGAUGUUGAAUGGAGUAGUAUUGAGAUUAGACGGGGGGAUGAGGAUGCCGAGUAAGAUGUGA